AUGUACAGACUAACCAACGUAAUCGUGUCGCUGGUUUUGACAUUAUACACCACUGCUUCUGCUGCCUACGGUGUGUUCUCAACUUCAUGGUGGACUGGGCCUGGUAAUUAUCAGAUCGGCAUAGCCACCAACUGCGCACAAACUUACAACGCAACUGUUGUAGAUUCGAACGCCGUGCAAUUCUGCACAGACUUUCAGUGGGAUGCGUAUGCGAAAAUGGAAGAGACGGCAAUGGCCGGUUUACUUAUAGUGGCCGCGAUAUUGGGACUGAUAUGUCUGUUCAUGAUGGUGAUGAAUAUUUGGAUGGAAUGUUGUUGCAAGUUCAAAGCUCCACCUGUCGUGAGUCUUGUGCUCACCGCCCAGGCCCAGUUGCUUCUUGCACCCUGUAUCAUCAUGGCAAUUUACUAUAAUUUCACGUACCCAAAAUGGACAGACUCCUUGGGGUUGGCUUAUAUCCUAGUAAUCGUGGCCAUACCAAUGGCAUUCGUAUCGGCAUUCCUGAUCAAAAGACACCGAACAAAGACGGUGUUUCUUGAAGCGGAAGGCUAUGAGGGUAAAACCUACUAA